CUCUCUGCCCUGGUGGGAAAGUCCCUUUCACUCCCUCUUCCGCUUUUCUCUUCGAUUCCUUUAUAAAUCCAAACUCGUCACCCAUUUCGAUUCCUCUCAACGAUUCUCCCCAACACCUUACUCAUUCAUUCACAUUCUUCACGAAUCAAAAUCCCCACCUCAAAACUUCCCUUCGAUUUAAGGAAUACUGUUCGUUAUCUUGGUGUUGCUGAGCUAAUAUUUUUGCAGAAAUGGGGGCUUUCUUUUCCUGCCCUUUGGCUCAGUACAUUGAUGUAGAAAAUUGGAUAAAAUCUAUUGUAAAAUCCAUAAGUUUUGGAGAUGAUGAAGUGAGAACUUUGGUGCGAUCCGUGAGUUUCAAUAGCCGAGAUUUGGAGAGUAAAAUAAUGAGAUCGGUCGGGUCGGGGAGGAUGGCAUUAGAAACAUCUGUUAGCUUCAAAGGUGGAGAGUUGGAGAAGAUGGAUUCAAUGGAAGCUGCAGCUACUCGAAAGGAUGAAGAAUUGCACGUUAUAGCUGAUAGUCCCAAAAGUAAAGAGAUAGAGAAUCAAACACCUAGAUCGGAGACUCGUGAUGGGAUCAAAACGACAUGUCUCGAUCCAACCAACCCAAAGCACAUAGCAGCUAUGAAAUUGCAGAAAGUUUAUAAAAGCUUCCGAACGAGGAGAAAGCUGGCUGAUUGUGCAGUUCUUGUAGAGCAGAGUUGGUGGAAACUCUUGGAUUUUGCUGAGCUCAAGAGGAGCUCCAUAUCGUUUUUCGGUAUUGAGAAACACGAAACUGCGCUUUCACGGUGGGCUCGAGCAAGAACCAGAGCUGCCAAGGUUGGAAAGGGUCUGUCCAAAAAUGAAAAAGGUCAAAAGCUUGCUUUACAGCAUUGGCUCGAGGCGAUCGAUCCACGACAUCGAUACGGUCACAACCUACAGUUCUAUUAUGUUAAGUGGCUUCAUUGUCAGAGUGGACAACCCUUUUUCUAUUGGUUGGAUAUAGGAGAAGGGAAGGAAGUAAAUCUUGUUGAACAAUGCCCCAGAGUGAAACUUCAACAGCAGUGUAUCAAGUACUUGGGUCCGCUGGAAAGAAUAGCAUAUGAAGUUGUCGUGGAGGAUGGGAAGUUCAUGUACAAGGUAUCCAGGGAACUCCUUCACACGACCGGAGUCGAUAAGCACGUGAAGUGGAUAUUUGUUCUCAGCACUUCUAAAGCUUUGUAUGUUGGCAAGAAACAGAAGGGUACAUUUCAGCAUUCGAGUUUCUUAGCUGGAGGAGCCACAUCGGCUGCUGGAAGAUUGGUUGUCGAAAAUGGGACUCUAAAGGCAGUUUGGCCUCAUAGCGGUCAUUAUCGUCCCACGGAAGAAAACUUUCAGGAACUUAUCUCCUUCCUUACAGAAAACAAUGUCGACCUCACUGAUGUAAAGAUGAGUCCAGAUGACGAGGAAGACAAUGGACUACAAAUGCAAAAGAGCAGUCUUCAUGUUCGACUCGGCUCGACCGAGGAGGAUUGGGUUCAACAGUUGAGUCAUGGUCCCGAUGAUUGCAUAGCAGAGAUCAUGGCUGAAGAAAUGACUGGCAAUAAAUCCGAUUUGCCAGAGAAAGAAACAUGGGGAACUACCAAACUAUUUGAACCCAAGAGGUCAAUCAAUCUGAGUACAAAGUUAACCAAUCUUCACAUACCAGAUAGGGUUAACCUGAUCGAGAAACUCGAGAUGGAAAACCAAGAAACGAGAUCAGAGCUAGAUAUCGAAGCUCCAACGAAAAACUUGAGUUAUGAGAUAGAGAUCAUCCCGGACGAUUCAAUACUGAAUAGAAUAAACUCACACAAAGAAACAAAAUCAUAUCAACUGGGCAGGCAGCUAUCUUGCAAAUGGACAACUGGUGCAGGCCCCCGAAUUGGGUGUGUUCGUGACUAUCCAGUCAAACUUCAGAUCCGAGCAUUGGAGCAGGUCAGCUUGUCGCCAAGAAAGACGGCUGUGCAGUCUGAAUUUCAUUGCUCGCCGAAGGUUGUCAGUAUGCUCAGCCCGAGGGUGUCUAGGCCCAUCGAUAUGAUUCACCGGAGCAAUACACAAACUUCUUCCCCUUUGUUCAAGGGAACAUCAGCAGCAGCAGACUUGGUAAUGACUGUUGAUUCCUGAUUAUUCUAUUCAUUCAUUGUUUGUGGAUGGAAGAAAAUAUGAUACAAAUAUUUGUUAUUCAUUCCUUUCUUUAAGUGUACAGAUAAACGUUUGUACUAUGAUCAAUCUUACUUGUGAGAAAUGAGAAGAAACAUGAAAUUAUACAUAGAAGUAGAUAGAUACACACAUGCAGAUGGCUAUAACUGGCCACUGAUUGCACAAUAUGUAUUGUUUCUCUUGAAUGAU